AAGCGAUCUGUCUCUAUCCCCAUCGCCUCCGCUCCGUGCAGCUAGCGAUGCUGAUCUGGCAGGAUGAGGUGCAAAGUGAUAUGCUGGAUCUAAAUCCGAAUCUGGAUGAUCUGAAGCUGGUGAUCUCCUUACACGCCGUGCUCAUCGUCGCCAGAGUCGGUGCUACUCCAGUACUCUGCGAAUACUCUUAAAUUACUCUCGCUGCUGUUAUUGCUGCUACUAUCUGCAAUUUAUCGCGCACUAAUUAAUCGAUUUCCCUCUCGCUUCCCCAACCUCGCCCCUCAACCUUCGUUUACAUCUCCUUCUGCCGUGUUUCAUCGUCGUCUUCCUUCCUGUCUGUCGCUUCUAGCACGCAAGGAUCCCAUGGUUUAAUUAAUCGCGUCCUGUCCUGCUACUCAACCGCAGCUGCCUCCUACACGGUCGCCUCGUCAUCUCUGCUGCUGCUGCCGUCGCCGCUCCAACAGCUAGGACGCCCCUUCUCUUUGUCCAGCUCUGACCAUCCUUCGUUUUUCGCUGCUUUUUUUUCGUUCUCGCUCUCUCUCUCUCCCUCUCUUCCUCUCUCUCUCUCUCUCUUCGUCAUCGUCGUCUCCUUUCUCCUCUUCCAAGCUGCUGGUGGUCGACAUCCCUACAUCCUGAAAACAUGACCUUCUUUCGAGAACUGCGUCGCCGGUCGAAGGCCAGCUCGAGUUCGACUACAGAAAAAUCCAGUGAAUCGCAAUCGAAUGGGGAGAUGGCAUCGGCGAAGUCUUCUCUUUCCCCAGACGCUUCGUCCUACACCUCCAUUACUCCACCUUCGUCGAUCAGGCCCAAUGCGUCUUCCUCCAAUCUCCGCUCGUUGAGCGACCCCAGCGGCACCAUCAAUGGAACAGGGUCCUCCACCUCCUUAGCUGUCCCUCAGCCCCGACCUGCUCCCUCUGUGCUCCAUCCUAAACGGAGUGUUAGUACCAUCGGUGGGAGCUCACGCGGCUCAUCCGUCAAUGGAGGACAUCGAAGUCGGACACCAACUCCAUCCUCCCCAUACACGCCACGUGUCGUAUCUAUUUCGGACAAUUCAUGGGUACACCAGAAGGUGCUGCUCCUCUACGGUCAGAUUGGAGACCCGAGACUGCACCCGCUGGACGGAACGAUCACGGCCUAUCACCAUCAGGAUACCUUUCCGCCGCUCAGCUGGCCUGUGACGGCUUCACAUUUCAAAGCUCUUGUGCAUCUCACUCCAGGUCCGAAUCGCCUGCGAUUUGACUUCACCUCAUCCAAGCUGUCGUCGGGAAGCGCCAACCCCGUUGUUCAUUCUUCAUGGCUGAGCAUCAACUAUCUUCCGCUAGUCAACACCCCGCCCCUCCAGCUGGUAAUCCUGCUCGGGAAAGAUUCCGAUGGAACGUUUGAUGCCGUGCCGGAACGGAUACAACGGGAAGGAAAUGGACUUGAAACUGCCAUCCGAAAGUACCGAAUGAUUGCCCAUCUGUGGCAGGCGUUUACCGGGGAACAGAUGUUCCGCAAUAACUUCGGCCGGCGCUGCUUCCGUUUCGAAGAGGAGUGGCAGACAGGCACCUUGAGUCGUCGGGAUGCGGCCACUGGUCAGAUGAGAAACGAGAUCAAGAUCCAUGUUGUCCGCACCGACAGGACGGUGGCAGAACUUAGGGACCUAGACAUUGCUCAACAGAAUGACUCUGCCACCAACAAAGGCGCCUUGUUCGACAUCGCCAAGGAAGCUGUACAGAAUUAUUUCCAGCCGAUGCCAUCACAGAAACAGUAUGUGUCGGUCUUGCUUCUGGAUUCCCAUUGGGACACAGACGCGCAGGUUAUCACGGGCCACGCUGCCCUGGGUUCCGGUGGGGACAACAUCAAGCUGGCUGUAUUCGGAUCACAUGGCCUCCAGAGCUGUCCGUCCAGCUUAGAGGAGGUGGUAGACGCGUUCUCUGACUGCACACGGACCGAUACUGCCUACAUUGCGAAUGACUGCGGCGAAGCGGGCUCCAACUGGGAGUCCGCCAACAUUUCUAUCGGGGCUCAUCUGCACGAAGUCGGCCAUCUCUUUGGUUGCCCGCAUCAGGAGUCCGGGAUCAUGCUCCGUGAUUACGUUCGGCUGAAUAGAACUUUCACGACUCGCGAGCCGUUUUCAACACGCACGAAGUCCCAAGGCCUGAAACCGUGCUUGCCUAGUGAUGAAUGUGGCUGGCAUCGAUUGGAUGCUUUACGUUUCAGGUUUCACCCAUGUUUCCGGUUGCCUAGUGAUGCGCCUCUGAGUUCAGAUGACAGUGUCCAAGUUUGGCCUGUUGAGAAUGGAAAAAUCUUGUUCACCGCGUCGGCUGGUAUUGCAUUCAUCGAACUUUACGGCCCUGCAGAUGACCUCUGUCACAGCUGCAUUGAGUAUCUCGGUAACGACUCGACUAACAAUGGGCUUCCGAGACAGAUCACGGUGACAGAGAACGAAUUACGACAAAAGCUCUUCGGUAGCGAGAGAGAGAAGAAGAAGAAUAUUCGAUUGGUCGUGUUCUCCGGCGCCCUUGGUUAUCGUACGAUCGAGAAUGUGAGCCAGUUGAAGUCGAAGCUUUGUUCAGUCAAGCUACCGAAUGGGCAAGCUGGCUUUAGGGGCGGAAAAUUGGGCUUCUCGCAGUUACAGGAUAGCAAACCGGAACAGCUGCUGCUAGAGUCUGCCUUCAUACAGACCAAACUUAUGACUUCCAUCAAGGUCUACCACGGUGCUGCGCUGGACGGUCUGGAGUUCUUCUAUGAAGAUUCCACUAGCCAGCUUUUUGGGCGCCGCGGUGGGAAGCCAGGAGGCGAUGAAUUUGUUCUUGGUAAGUCCCCGGGGAGUGAAGAUCCUUUCCAGGCCGGCGGAUCUGACAGACUUGGCAAGACACGCGACGUGGUGAGAUUCUCCUAGGGUUUUACGUCCGAGCAGGCGCUUGGAUUGACGGCAUUGAAAUUCUCACGAGUUUGGGCAGAAAGUCCGGCGUGUUCGGCAAUGCGAAUGGAGGGUCUGGGCACACUUUGAUCCCGCCCCUGGGCUACAAAAUUGCCGGUAUUUCAGGCUCCUAUGCAUCGUGGAUAGAUGGAUUCUCGGUGAUAAUUUCUCAUUAAUCCUUCAUCUGAUUUAAUCGGCCCUGGAGCGGUCUCUUUUUAAUUCUAAUUGAUAAUAGCACGGCCCUUGGUCCGGGUUCCCUUUGCAUGGUCACCUAUUGAAGAAGUGGUGGCUUCACAUUUUGGGUUUUAGGCCGCUGCUGCGGAGCCUGGGAAUACGAAUUUUCUAAUUGCCCUCUGGGAACGCUCCCAAGCGACGGCAUUCCUUUGCUACGCGUUACGCAUGCCCCCUGGCGGUGCAUCUGUCAUGUUCGAUGGUGGCUUUUUCUCUUUUUUCAUAGGAUUGGUACGGUACGACGGUGGACAGGCUUUGGGCGGAGGAAUAUGACUCAAUGGUAUUUGAUAUCGCCUGGUCUUCCGUCUUUCUUUCAUGGCAGCAGGCGUUUGUAGAUGAGGAUGAUAUUGCGGCAAAAACAUUCCAUUCAAUUGGCCAGAGGUUAUAGAUUAAGUGGGAAAUAGGGUUGAUAUUGGUUGGUUGUUUUUGCAUGAUGGCUGGUUCAUCAAUAAGGGGAGUGUGGUGGAUUCUGCAGUUGCGUCGUCAUUGAUUUUGGGUCUGAAGCGAGAAAUCAGCAUGGAAAUGGAAAUCCCCAUCAUGAUGGUGGUGCAUUUGGCUCUUUGACCUCUCUGUUGCAGUUGAUAACUGGUAGAUAUUCCGUGGUAGUUUGGAUCUAGACUCACCACAUACGAGAAAGUGCUGUGACACGCUAGACGUUGGGCGUUGUAUGCGGUUGCAUGCGGUACGAGUGAUAAUCUCCUGGUGCACCCAUUCUGGGUGGCGAGACAGGAGGAUGCUGGAGAUCCAUGGAUGACGGGCGAACGGUAGCGAUGGGAGCGAUCAGCAUUCGAGGGAUGUCCCGAGUCCGUCCAUGCCACUGUUCAACCAUGGUCUGAUUCCGGCCGGAGCCCGCAAGGUAACCACCGCCUUGUGCGAUCUUGCGAGAGUACGGAGUAGGCAGAAUGCCUUCUUUUUCUUUGCUCUCGGACCGAAUUCAGCUUUUAUUAUUAUUGUUAUUACUAUAUUAUAUGACAUAUCGACGGCCGCAGAUCCUUUGGAGCGCAGGGCUGUUUGUCCGGAGAUUUGUCGGCGAUGGACAGGCAUUGACAGGGGAUUGAGACUCGCAGUAUCCUUAUUAGGAAGAUCGGGGGUUUAGCCGGUGUCGAUUAGGUAGUCUUGCCGGUUAUGGUAAGAUGGGAACCAGGAUGCAUUCCAUCCCUUGCAUGGGUUCAUAUGAGUCCAGUGGUAGUAGUACUAGAUACUGGAUAUAGCUAUAAGAUCAAUGUAUGCAUGUAUGUGGCUUACUGCCCUGACAUGUACAUUGCAUGGACGUACAUACCCGACAGUAUUUCUGCACGGUUAAUAUUUAGAAUCCCC